GGAUCAUGUUCAAAAACCUGGCAGGUCCGGCACCAUGGUUGAGAAAACGCCCGGAAUUGUUUCGUGGUUGACCCCCGGGACCAACCUAAACAGCGGAGCCGGUUCACCUACCGGUAACAUCGUCCAUCGUCCCGCAACCAAGGACCCAGCUCUUCCCCGGGGAACAACAACCCCUCCGAGAAGCCGAGAAGCACCAGCGACGUUUACGGUUUCUCUACGAGCAGCAACUUCUCUCUAAGCCUCACCGGGGAUGGCUUCACCCUCGGCAUUGCCCCCGAAUGCCGUUGAGGACAAGAGGGGGAACGUCAUUGGGACGGUCAUCUUCUGCCUGCUAUGGUCGACGGUGAUGGUGGGCAUGAGGUUGUGGGCGCGUGGGGUGGUUAUUAAACAGCUCGGCAUCGACGACUAUAUUUGCAUCGUGUCUUUGCUCGUUACCUAUGGCGCUGGUAUCGCCAUUGCUCACAUGACGACGUAUGGCUUGGGGAGGCACAUCUCUGUCAUGGAUCCGGCAAAUAUCCCGUUAUAUCUAAGGAACUUUUACGUCUCCAUCGUGAUGUACUGCGCGGCGCUGCUGUUCAUCAAGUUGACAUUCCUCUUCCAAUACUACCGCGUGCUUGCGGUCCAAAGGAUGCGUAGCGUCUACAUUGCCAGCAUCAUCAUCGUCGGCGGCUGGGCGCUGUCCCAAGUCCUGGUUGGCAUAUUCGCCUGCCACCCCAUCUCGGGCUUCUGGGACUCGUCCAUCGAAUCCAAGUGCAUCCCCAACAUCCCACAAUGGUACAUCAACGCCGCGGGAAACAUCUUCACGGACGUGGUGGUCUUUGCUCUACCGCUACCGGCGAUUUGGUCGCUCAACCUCGCAAAGGGGUCAAGGAUAGUGCUGAUCUUUAUCUUCAGCCUGGGAUUCUUUACCGUCAUCAUCUCCAUAAUCCGCAUCCGGUACCUCCAGCUCUUCGAAGACUUCCCCUGGGAAAACGUCGAAUCCUCUCUCUGGUCCAUCGGCGAGCUGACGUCCGCCCUCACCUGCGCCUGCCUGCCCACCAUGCGGCCGUUCGUGAGCCGGUACUUCCCGAGCUUCGCCUCCCAACACGGCCAUUCCUCGCACGGAUACGCCAACGCCAGUUCCGGCGCUGCUACGUGUAGACGGCGGCGGGCUGGCGGGCCCUCCGCGCUCGAAUCCGGAGGGGGCAACGUCCAAAGAGUACAGAGCCGCGGCUCCAAGGGCGUGGAUGCCUUGUCGGUGUCCAUCAACGGGAGUGAGGUGGAGCUUGGGCAGUCACGAUCAGCGGGGUUGAAGAGCUACCCGUUUAAGGGGCAUGUUGUGCAUGAGUUUGGGGUGGGUGUGGAGACGGGCAGCGCAAGUUUCAGGGAAUCGGGGGUGAAGGGGGCGGAUGAUGACUGA